AUGAAUCUUUGGAGGCUAACUCUAGUGGCUUGUACCGUGGUGGUGCAUGGCCUUUAUAUUCCCAGAUUACAAUCACAAAUGCCAGGGGAUGAGAUACAACCAACGUCAGUUCAUAUACAACGCUUAGAUAAUAAUCAUCAUCAUGGUGGCAAUGCUUAUGAUGAUAAUAAUAAUAAUAUCAACAAUUUUGAACCGGGAUCUAUGAUAAAUUUUGCCAAGAGAACGACAGACCUUUCAUAUAAUGUGUACCUUACCAAAGAUAUCAACUAUCUCAGACGUGCCAACAACAUGCUUUGGUCAUCAGUGAACCAGAGAUUAGGGUUUGUCCAAGUGACGGGGAUCGAAGAGUCCCAAAAUAAGGGUGAUAAUAAUAAUAAUAGCAAUAAUGGAGUAGUGGCUCAGGAGAAGAAUAUAGUUGACACUUCUCCAUGUAGUGUUUACGAUUAUGAUCUUUCUACAACAUCAAGCAACAGCAACAUCACUCGAUACUACAAAUACUCUGGGAAGCUUGACACAAAAACGAUAGAAGAAUUACAGAAUAGUCCCGAUGUCGCGUGUAUGUCCAAAGAAGAAGAAGAAGAAGAAUAA